AUGAGUUCUACUGAUUCGCACAACAACGAGUCCACUGAAACCAAAUUUGCGUAUGUUGUCGAUAGUUUGAGUGUUACUGAUGCUUCCAUAGUCUCCAACAGAGAUUGCAAGGAUUAUAAACCCGAACAUUUUGUGAUGCCGCAGAUUGUGCCACAACAGGGAACUCCUCAAAAGUUUGUGAAUCCCUUUAAAUCACCGAACACAACGCCUUCCAAAUCACCAAAGUCAACGCCUUCCAAAUCACCAAAAUCGACGCCGUCUCCAUAUAAGCGAAUUCGUCGUAAAAGAGGAGGCAAAUGGCGUCGGUUGAGCGUCGACGGUUCAGGUGCCGAAACCGGCGAUGAUGAAGCGAACAAUGACGAUAAUAUGUCUGCUCAAAACACUCCUGUCAAAAGCGAAUCAAGAAAGAAGGUCUUAGAUAUGUCCGGAUCUCAAAUUGUCGAGCAAUUCAAAGAACAGUUUUGCAAUCAAGGAAUGUCCUCCGAGAAUGGCGCCACCGUCAUUCCACAAUGCUCAUCGUUGGCUUCUGAUGUUGUGCCACCGAGACGAUUUUAUUGUACUCCUUCACCGUGGCAUUUUCAUUUGAAAUCUUCCGGUCAUAAUUACUUAAACAGAUUGACGCUCAAGAAAAUUAUUUAUCAAAGAUUCAAAAGAAAACUGGAGCAAAAGAAGUUGAAAAAUGCCAAGAAAUUGUUGAAUGCUCGUAAGAGAAAGGAAAACACGAUUCGAGCUCUUCGCCGUGAAGUUUCCGCUAUCCAAUCAAACAAGAACCUGCAUCAAAUGCUAUCCGAUAAAGGACGUGUAUCAUGUGAUGCAGAGUUGGAUUCUUACCGGCGUAUCCUAUGUGAGGAAAGCAUUAAAAAUUCUCGUUCCAAUCUGAGUCGGUUGAAAAUGAAAGUCGAGAAAAAUGAUGACACAUUUCUUGGCACGCUUGUCCGAUCAAGCAACAAGGAAGUUUCGGUUCAGAAUAUUGAAUCAAAACAGGAUGGCCAAGAUAGUAUGGAACUAUUCAAAACUACCGAACACGAGGCAAAUGGUCACAAGAAGCGUCGUCGCAAACGUGCAGGCAGGCGUAUUCAAAAACUCCGAGAACUAGCGAUGAAGGAGAAUAAUGACAACGUGGUUAUUAACUCACUCUAA